GAGGACACGGAGCUGGUGGAGCUGGAGACAGCGCCUGAGGCCGGCGUGACGGGUGUCACCGUGGCCCGAGACCGUCAGGGGCUCUACAUUGCCAAGGCACCCAAAUCCCUGCGCAUCCACCAAGGUGACCAGCUCCUCAGUGCCAGGGUUUUCUUCGAGGGGGCUCCCCCUGAGGACGUCGCACGGGUGCUGGAGGGUGCCAGGUCCUGCAAGGUCUCACUCUGCCUCCGGCGUCGGACGCCCACCACCCGCGUCCCUCUUGGUGGCCCCAACAGCGAGGGACACCAGGGGAAGGUGGCCAAGCUGAGCAUCCCGAUCCUGAUGCCCUCCAAGAAGCCACCACCGGCACGCGGCACAAUGAGCGCAGCACCUAUCAGCGCUGUGGCUGUGGAGUUUGCCCUUCCCAAGCUCCCCAAGCUGGUGAAGAGCUGGAGCGCUGCCGAACCAGUACCAACUGCCACAUCCACUGCGGCGCUGCCAGCGGCAGAGCACAAGCAGCUGCGUGUGACGCCAUCCCGGUUGACUGUGAAGGAAGCAGCGACUGGCAAAACACCGGUGAUGAAAGAGCCGCCAGUGAAACUGGAGGUUCCUGGCAUUGCUGCUGAGGUGCCGGUGGGUACCGGCACCCGGAUACCAGCUGUGGAGGUGGCAGCACCCAAAGUCAGCAUGGGGCUGAGCCUCGCCAGCGCGGCACUGCCAGCCGCCCCCCAAGCCAAGGAGCCAGCGUUACGGCUGCCGCAGCUGGAGGUGGCUGUGCCAGCAUUGCCGCUGCCAGCGGUGAUGCCAGAGCCCAGCACAACCAUAAAUCAACCCCAAAUCAAGCUGGGGGAGGGAGACACCCCCGGCAGCAGCCGUAAGGGUGGGGGUAGCCCGGUGCUGAAAACCAAGCUGCUGAAUUUCAGCACGGCCCCAGGAGAGGAUGAGGAGGGGGACACCGGCACGCGAAGGGGGUUUGCUGGUAUCCGUGUCCCCUCCAUUGCUAUCGCCGCUCCCAGCACUGCUGUGGAGCUGGUCCCCGAGCUUGGUGUGCCCAAACAAGAGCCGCCCAUCACCGGUGAGCAAUCACGGUUGGAGGUGAAGCUGCCGACACUGCGGUCGGAGGCGCCAACGGCAGGACCAGCUCGGCUGACCUUCCCGGCAACAGUGGUGCCGUCCAUUGAUAUUGCCGUGCCGCGUGUUGGUGUGGGUUUGGCAUUGCCAGCAGGUGCCGGCACCGCAGCAGUGCCGGAUGAGGGGCAUGCCGCACUGAUGCCAGAUGUGGCAGCGAGGUUUGCCAAAGGGCUCCGAAAGCUCAGCCUGGAGCUGGAGCCCAUGGCACCACUUCCAGCAGUGGAAAUUACCACCCCGACGCGGUUCACUGGGGACAUGCCGACAACUGUCGCCAAACCCAAACUCCCCAAAUUCACCUUACCGCGAUUCGGGUUGUCCCUCGCCAAGCUCAAAAUGGGCAGCGACAGCAAUGAGUAUCCCCUGACAUCCCGUGGUACGGCCACACCAGCGCCACCUGGCAUCUCCGUCACUGGUCCAACGGUGGCCUUAGACCUGGCUUUGGGGACAGCUGGUGCCACCGGUCCUGGGGUCAAGCUGAAGGUCCCCAAAUUAUCCCUGGUACCUUUCGGUGUCAAGGACGGGGACAAGGGUGCUGGUGGUGGGGAGGGUCCCCAGGAUUCUGGUGCAGUGAUGAAGCUGCCGUGGAUGGGAAUUGGGGGGUCAGGGAGGGACGACAGGAGGUUGGCAGAACCAGGGUCUCCUGGGACCCCCCGGCUUCGGGUACCACAGGUGGGCAUUGCCCUGCCUGUGACAGGGAGCCGGCGCGUGCCGUCGUUGCCUAAACUCCCCACUGAGCUGGAGCUGGGUGGGGGGGUGAAGUUGCCAAAAUUUGGGGGAUCCAGCCCUGAUAUCCGCAUCGGGGGGGACCCCAAACUGAUGAGACGUGGGGAAAGCGCUGAGAGCUUGAGCAUUGGCAUGGCAGGAAGGAAGAUCCCGGAGUCUCCCAGCAUGAUCCGGUUGAAGCUGAAAACCAGGGGGGGGAUGGGUGACAGGGGGGCACAACCAUUGACCCGCCGGUUCACCGUCCCUGACGUUGGUUUCACCAUGCCAGUAGCACAACCGGAGGAUCCAGUAAGCCGGAAGGUACCGAAACCCACCAGCGUGCCUGUAUCGAAGGUGCCGGUGUUGGAGCUGGCACCGCUGGGGAUGGAGGAAACCACCAGGAAGGAUAUGGCACCAGGACGCCCCUCAAGGGUCAAAUUGCCAAAAUUCAGCACAGAUUUUUCCAGGAGCGGGUUGGAAGGCGAAGGGAAGAUGAGGAUGGGCAGCGUGAAGAAGGCAGUGCUGGUUCUGGUGAAGCCAAAGGAGAAAGGAGAAGACAGCCAGGUGGUGGACCCCCAUCUCCACAUCAAUGGGGAAGCAGAGGGCAAGGCCCGGCGAUGGCAAUGGGUGCCCAGGGUGGGUUUCUCCCCUGGGGGGUCCCCACUGGAGCCCCCCAUCACCCAGCCCAAGGGGGGGAAGAUGCAGUUACCCAAUGUUGAGCUCUGCCCUGGGGAACCUGAAUUCAACCAGCAGCCGGCGAUGACACAAGUCACACCACGCUUCAAUUUGGGUGGGUUCAGGGGUGAGGGAACCCCUAAAUUUCAGCUGCCGAAGCUGGCACUGAGCCCUCAACCCUGCGGUGAGCGGUGA